AUGUCCUUGAGCCUGGUUUUUGCGCCGCCCGCCCAUCAUGUCUCGCUUCUCGCCUCGACCGCUGCAAUGCAACUGCAUAGCUUAGCUUACCCUGUUUCUCUCACCUGUCUUAUCUUCACCUUUGAGGCGUACGAAGACACUUAUGCUGGCUCAAACAGGUGCUGCCCCGACCUCUGUUCGGACGGUUGCCGUCUUUUCUUGCGAAACAAGGAUUUGUGUGUGGACCAGCUUCACUCACUCCAUCGUUGGCUUUGGCCUUUCCACUCAGACCUUCACACCCCUGGGCUCUCAAACACCCUCAACCUCUGCCCUGCUCAUCGCCGAACUUCCUUUCGCUUAUGGUCGACUCAUCUUUCCGUGAUUUCAUGCGCAUACCUAGUGCCCUACCGUCAUCAGCAUCAUCCUCCUCCUCCUCACCAUCCGGCCCGGAUGACAUGA